AUGCCCACUACAAUCCUCUCCAGCACCACACGCCGUGUGCUUAUGUUGGAUAUUCCACUGCGGUUCCGUUAAAUCUGUUGAACGCGUCUUUCUCCGCGCGUCCAGAAACACGCCGGUCGGUCUGAAGCGCGUCGAGAAACACGCCGGUCGGUCUGAAGCGCGUCGGAACCCAUUUGCAGCCGCUGCCUUUGUGGGUCGGCUGUGGAUUGACUUAAUGCCUCCUUUAAAAGCCCUCUUCGGGGUUUUAAGUUCAAGAAAACACCCGGACCCUUCGCCUUCUCGCCUUUGACUCUUACAGGAGAAUUAAAUGUUUAUUUUGUGGCACCGGUGGAGCGCGAGAUCUUACCGGUUGCGGACGAUGUUCAGCGUUUUUGUAUAAAACACCUUGUCGGUAAAACUUUACCUCAGAAAACACAGUGGAUAACUUGUGCAUUUCCCCGAGAUUAUUUUGUGUAUUAUUAUUAUUUUUACCUCAGAAAGUGAUGGCGGAGCGGGGGGCACGGCUGCUCGUUUUUUUCGCAAGUCUCAUCGUUCUCCGGUUCGGCGGUGCGGUUAAAGGUUCUGGCAUUCGAGGUUUUACCCCGUUCAGGUUCUCGGUCGAACCCGUCGACACGCUGGCCGUACGCGGCCUCCCCGCUGUCCUGAACUGCUCAGCCGCUAGCGACGCUCCGGUGAGGGUGGAAUGGAAGAAGGACGGGACGUUCCUGAACCUGGUGGCGGACGACCGGAAGCGGCAGCUAGUGGAUGGCUCAUUGCUCAUCAGUACGGUGGUCCACUCCAAACACAAUAAGCCUGAUGAGGGGGUGUACCAGUGCGUGGCCACCAUCGACAUUCUGGGCACCAUCAGCACCCGAACCGCACGACUCACAGUGGCUGGACUUCCACGUUUCCUCAGUCAGCCGGAGGGUGUCUCGGUGCGCAUGGGCGGCACUGAGAUGCUGAGCUGUGAGGUGACGGAAGAGCUCGUCCCGUUCACCCGCUGGGAGAGGGAUGGUCGGCCCGUGGAGCUGUACGACAGAGUCAUACAGCUGCCCAGCGGAGCUCUGGUCAUCAGCAACGCCUCCCAGAGCGACGCCGGACUCUACCGCUGCACCAUAGACGGCCUGGGACCGGCCAAAACCACAGAGGAGGCAGAACUACAGGUGUCUGCAGAUUCUGGUGUUGAAGAAAAACUGGAGACUCUCCAGGGCCCAGUUGCUGUGGCGAAGGUUGUCGGGGAGAGCGUGUUGUUGCCAUGCGUCAUGAAGGGAUACCCUGCGCCAAUGAUUCGCUGGACGUUUAACGACCGGCCAAUUGACGAGAGCCGUGAGCGUUUUGCUGUGAUUGGCGGGGGAAGCCUGCAGAUCGUCAACCUGACCGAAGAGGAUGCUGGGAUAUACGUCUGCCAGACGGACAGCGGCAACAUGACCAGCGAGAUCCAGGCAGAGCUCACGGUGCACGUUCCUCCACGGUUCUUGACGAGACCCUCCAACACUUACGCCCAGGAGUCCAUGGACAUCAUCUUUGAGUGUGACGUCACCGGCUCGCCGCCGCCCACCGUCAAAUGGAUGAAGGAUGGAGACACGGUCAUUCCCAGUGAUUAUUUCAGGAUAGUGAAGCAGCAUAACCUGCAGGUUUUGGGUUUAGUAAACGUUGCCCUUCCUUCUGCUGUCCCUUCACUGACCGAUGCCACUACUGACCAUGUAGCGUCCAGCCCGGCCGAGCGCAGCGGCCCGACGCCCUCCGCCCCGCGUGAUGUCGUGGCAUCUCUGGUGUCCACCCGAUUCAUCAAGCUGACGUGGCGACUUCCUGCCGAGCCGCACGGGGAGAACAUCACCUACUCUGUGUUCUACAGUCUGGAAGGCACUAACAGGGAGCGUGUGGAGAACACCAGCGGACCGGGAGAGAUGCAGGUCACCAUCCAGAACCUCGUCCCCGACACCAAGUACACCUUUCGGGUGGUCGCGUCCAACGCUAACGGCCCGGGCGAGAGUUCCACCCCACUUACAGUGGCCACCCAGCUGGAGGUUCAGGUCCCGGGUCCGGCUCCGAAUCUGCAGGUGGUCUCUGUCGGCACUGCCUCAGCCACGCUGAGCUGGGAGAGACCCAGCACUGGAAACGGCGAGAUCCAGACCUACAAACUCUUCUACAGCGAGAAGGGACAAGACUCGGAGCAGGACAUGGACGUCACGGGUCUGGCCUACACUGUGACGGGCCUCAAGAAGUUUACAGAGUACAGUUUCAGGGUUGUGGCGUACAACAAACACGGCCCCGGCGUCUCCACUGAGGAUGUUGUGGUCCGAACGCUGUCUGACGUGCCGAGCGCCCCGCCGCAGAACCUCACUCUGGAGGUCCUGAACUCAACGAGCAUCAUGGUCCGAUGGCAGCCGCCUCCCCCUGGUACCCUGAACGGAGAGCUGACGGGGUAUAAAUUACGCUACCGGAAAGGCCUCAGGAGAGCAGACACAAUAGAGAUCUCAACCACACAGCUCUUUCAGCUCAUUGACGGUCUGGAGAAGGGAAAGGUUUACACCGUGAGAGUGUCGGCCUCCACCGUGAACGGAACCGGCCCGACAACCGAGUGGAUCGCAGCCGAAACCUUCGAGAACGACCUGGACGAGUCUCAGGUUCCAGGAGUGCCGAGUUCUCUUCAUGUUCGUCCGCUGGUGAACCGAAUCGUGGUGAGCUGGACUCCUCCAGAAAACCAGGACAUUUUAGUGCGAGGUUAUAAAAUCGGAUACGGAAUCGGCAGCCCUCACGCCCACACAGUCACUCUGGAUUACAAGCAGCGUUUCUACAGCAUCGAUAACCUCGAUCCCAGUUCCCAUUACGUCAUCACCCUCAAGGCGUUCAACAACAUGGGCGAAGGCAUUCCCAUCUACAACAGCGCCACCACGAGACCUCAAUCCGACCCCAUAGACCCUGAUAUUGAUUUUUAUGAACUCUUUAAUAACCCAUACACCCCAGCACCCGACCCCACACCCAUGCUGCCCCCGGUGGGCGUUCAGGCCACCGUCCUCAGCCACGACACAGUCAAAGUCAGCUGGGCCGACAACUCGCUCGCCAAGAACCAGAAGAUCACCGACUCCAGAUAUUACACCAUCCGCUGGAAGACCAACAUCCCCGCCAACACCAAAUACAAGAUGGCAAACACCACGUCUCUGUUCCAUACGGUAACGGCUCUGAAGCCCAACACGCUUUAUGAGUUCUCCGUUAUGGUGACCAAGAGCCGCAGGAGCAGUACAUGGAGUAUGACGGCCCACGGGACCACCUUUGAGUCCAUACCCAGCUCUGCUCCGAAAGAUGUGACUGUGAUCAGUAAAGAGGGAAAUCCUCGAAUCAUCAACAUCAACUGGCAGCCUCCGACUGAAGCCAACGGCAAAAUCACAGGGUACAUCAUCUACUACAGCACCGAUGUGAACGCCGAGGUCCAUGAUUGGGUGGUGGAGCCCGUGGUGGGAAACAGACUGACCCAUCAGAUUCAGGGGCUGACGCUGGACACCACAUACUACUUCAAGAUCCAGGCGAGAAACUCCAAAGGCAUGGGACCCAUGUCAGAUGCGGCGCAGUUCCGCACCCCGAAAGCUGAGCCAUCGGACAAAAUGUCAAGUGAUCAAGGGCUGCAAGUCAAACCCGGUCACCCGACUCUACCGGAGCACGGGAUUGGAUCAAACAUGGAUAAACCAGGCAUCACGGGCAGCCAGGAGAAUCAUAUUCUGGUGAUCGUGGUGAUUGUCUCUGUUGGUGUGUUCACCAUCAUCGCUGUGGUCGUGGGGGCCGUCCUGUGCACGCGCCGCUCCAACUCCCACCAGAAAAAGAAACGUGCGGCCUGUAAGUCCAGCACCGGCUCCCACAAGUACAAGAGCUCAUCUAAAGACCUGAAACCUCCUGAUCUGUGGAUCCAUCAUGAGCGUGUGGAGCUCAAGCCCAUGGACAAAUCACCCGAACCCAACCCGGUCAUGACAGAGACGCCCAUCCCGCGGACCACCCAGGACCCGGCCGCUGAGCCCAGCCAUCAGAGACGGGGUCAUGAGGGGGAGGAGAGCGUGUCCACUUUGGCCGGUCGGAGGGGAGUGAGACCGAAAAUUAUGAUGCCGUUUGACUCUCAGCCUUCCCAGCCUGUGAUUAGCGCUCACCCCAUCCAUUCCCUCGAUCAUCUUCAUCACCAUCAUCAUCACUAUCACCUCCCGCCGCGUGGCUACCUUCAUCACCAGAUCGGCCUGAGAGCGCCUGCCACCCCCAGCACAUUCUCAGACAGGCCUCCGUCUGCAGAAUCUGUGAGGAAUCAGCCCCCUGCACCUGGACCUCCGGUUGCCCCCAGUCAGCCCAGCACUACAGCUGAACUGCAGAAGACAGAGGCGGUGAUCAAAGAGGAAGAGCCGCCAAGCAUAAACCCACCGACGGCCCAUGUUCGGCCCACACACCCGCUCAAGAGCUUCGCUGUGCCAGCCGUCACCGUUUCCGCUCAUAACCCGCCCACCUAUGAGACCGCAUUACCCAGCACCCCCCUGCUGGCACAGCCAGUGCCCGGCGUGAAGAUGGCGUCUAUCGGGACACUAAAUCGAGUUCGAGCUCCGAUGGCAGUAACAGUCCCCAGUGCACCUGACCAAUCAGAAACCAGCAAGAUGCUGGACACGACGUAUGAGACGGAUGAACUCUCAGAGGAAAUGGCCCACCUGGAGGGUCUGAUGAAGGACCUGAACGCCAUCACCACAGGCUGAAGCGCUGCAAUCACAAACGGCUGAACUGCGUCCUCAGGAACAACCAGGACAUUUGAAUGAACACUGAUCUCAGAUCAGCCUCGAGAAUGACUGAAAACGGAUCACCGCUUCAUCUUCUCCAUCCUGCAUGGCAGAGAAAUCUGUAAAACCAUGAAAACUCAGUGCCAUUUUCUCAACUCGGAUGAACCGUUCUACACAGAAAACGUGUUUUUAAUGUUUUUUGGAGGAUUGUGUUUACGUAUUCCAUAUUUUUAGACUGUAUGUGUUUUCAUUGUGUAUAUGAUCAUUUUAGGACUUUUAUUUCUUAGGGCGAAACCUCACAUGCUCAAACAUUGGGCUUCAUUCAUGAAAUGCAAGCAGAAUAAUUUUGUGUAAAUUAUGCGCAAAGCCAUUCUUAUGUAAAUUGUUGCAUUCAAAUCAAUGCAAAAAUUGACAAUGUACACCAAAAUUUGUGCAUGGAUCCAUUUUCACAUAAAUGUUGCAUUCAGAAAACCGUUAUUGCAUAAAUUGUCAAAUGGGCAUUUUUUCAGUGUCAGUAACAUCAUCUUAGUUGUUGCAUUUGAAUUGAAUUCCACGAUUUACAUAAGAGCAGUUAUUGAGCAAUUUGCAAUUAAUUUACAAUUAUUUCUGUUUGCUCAUGAAUUCUCAUGAAUGUUUCAUGGACUUUUUUGCAGUGUCUUACAUCAUGUUUAAAUGUUUCAUCUCUGGAGAGAAACCAAAAUCACUUGUCCUCAGACGCCGGUAGCAUUCAAAGUCUGAAUAUGCAUUGGAAAUUUCCACAUGGACAGACAUUUACGACCAUCUUAAUUCAGUCCCAAUCCAGUGACGUUGAUGUUUGGUGCUUCAGAAACUCCUCAAACGUGAGAAUUGUGAGAACAGAGAGCGAAUGAACCGGUUCCUCGUGUACGUUCCUCUUCCUCAGGACCCUGAUGACUGUUUUUGGGGCCCUGGAGAGUCAUCAUGAAGGAGUUUAAUGCCAAGUGACUCUCAGAUUUUUGUACUUUGAGAGGUAUAUAAAUAUAUAUACGAUGAACUGCAAAUGUUUGCUUACGUGAAUACUUUGUACACUCUCAAAAAGGACAAUUUUUAUAUAUAUAUUCAUCUUUCGGUUGGUUUUUAUAUGAAGAUGACACAUUGCUUUGUAAACAUUUUCCAUGUAAGUUAUGAAUGGUUAAAUAUUCUGCGUUGUGUUUUCACCGUGCUGUUUAGCCAAUCCCUUCUCCCAAAGAAUGAGCGAAAGAAAAUAUCAGCGACGAACUCUGCCUUGCUCGUGUACAGUUUCUCACGUCAUGAAUGUCAAUGUGGCUGUAACAAGGUCUGCUUAUGAAUACAGUUGUUGUUUGUGUUUACAAUAAUGGGGGAAGAUUUAAAAGAAAAAAAGAAGACACCAAACCAUGUUGUAUGGCCGGUGUACCGUCAACUGUCAUUUGCACUUUUUAUAUUUUGGAUUUGAAAUGAAUCGCUGAUGCCAUGUGAAAUAUGAACCUAUUUUAUGUAACAAUGAUGUCACAAGUAAACGGCUGGUUUCAAAGACAUUUAA